UAAUAAAAAAAAUUUGUUCUGCCCAUCUCAAUGAUUAUGAAUCCGAUUUGCCAAGUCGAUAUCAAUAGGCCUGAGUGCCAGAAAUGGAUGGUCCAGGUAUACUCCAAAUGUCGGGAUCUCUUCAAAACUAAUACAUUGCCCCAUUGGGGUCUAGACAAUGCCCCUGUUGUCUAUAAGGCGGAUGUGGAAGCCAUGACCGUCCUAGAUUGCCAUCGGCUCAAGCGGGCAUUGGGCAAGGAAGUGUCUGAAGAGGAUGAGGAGGGCGAUGAGUUGGAUGACCUAGAUGAUCUGGAUGAGGGGGAGGAGGGUCUCGAUCCCGGAAGAUUGGUGGGUCUAUUGCUGGCCCUUUGCGCAAUCGCUCUUCUUUUCGUUCUCUUGUGUCGAAUGAAGCGCCGAAACAUAAAAUUAAAGGAAGUUGAGCUUCCAAAACCGGAACCCCAGGAAGCUCCAUCCGUUUUACCUCAAAAAAAGAAAUUAAAUAGAGCCGCCAACUGCAAGAGCUGGAUGCGCAGGAGCUGUAGGCCAUUCUUCCUCCACAACGAAUCCCAGCUAAGACAGUACCAAGCCCGUGCCGAAAUGGAGGUGGCUGUACACGAGGAACGCACCCGGCAGAAGAUCGCCAUGUGGACAAAGGCCCGGGAGAGAGAUGCCCAAAAGAAGAGAGAUAAGCUCCAAAGGAACGUAAACAAGGCUACCAAAACGUGAUGCCUUUUAUUUUACAAAUAUUUGUAUGUGCCCCUUUAAUGGCAAGCUUUAUGCAUAAAU